CAGCACAAUUCGGGUUUUCUCCAGACUGGUUCCCGCCCCCACAUUUGAAGUGCGAAGUACAAUGGAGGGACAGGGAACCAGUCGUGAUUUUCUAGAUUAUUUGUAUUGAUUUAUGGUUGUUGACUUCCGGCUUCCGGCCAUUAUUUGAGUUACAUAUUACUCUUAUAACCGACGAUCUAGAUCACUUGUGGUCAAUUUCCCUCCAUGUACUGAAUAAUAUUGAACAUACCACUGAUGAUCUUAUCUGAAAUUUCAAAUUAAUAACUUCAUGGAACGGUUCCAUCUUGGCUUGUAGAGAGAAGGAAAGUUUGAUCUUUACUGAUGAACCUUUCUGGUUUUGCAUCCACAUGACUUAACUUCAUAAGUCAUAACUUGUGGUGAAAGAUCCCUCACAAUUAUGCUUCUGAAAGGAAAAAACGCACUUUUUUAGAAUCAGUCAUGGCUGCCAUUAGUGAUGACGCUGUGGGUAUAUCACCUUACCGUUCAGCCGUUAAUGAAAUAAUCCAAAAUUUGGUAAAAAAGGAAGUCAAACGUAUCAAACUCCUAUGCAAGGAUUUUUUGUCGAAAUCGCUUAGAGAGACUGGAGAUGCUUGUGAUAUUAUAGAGGGUCUUGAAACCAAAGGGGUUCUUUCCGACAAAAACUACAAGCUUUUGCUAUCGAUUCUCACCGAAAUUCAAAGAGAGGACUUGAAGAAGAAGUUUCUACUGAAAGUAAACCGUGGAGCUGGUCAAUCUCCUGAACAGAACUUACAUCGAGUUGGCAAUCCACUGCCGACCUUUGACCCUGUCCAUCAGCUAGAAACUCUCAAGCCUCCAGGUCAUUUUGCUCCUAUUUCCCCACAAGUGAUACGGGAGGGUCGUAAGACUCUAAGCAGUAUUUCUGGUGGGCCAUCUCCUUCUGGUGGGCAAUCUCCUGCUGGCCAAAGUAACACCAAGAGAAGAACCUACAGUGUUGAUGGUUCUCCUAUCUCAACUUCUGGAGUUGGUCAGUCAACGCAGCAGAGGUCAUUUGCAAGAUCAUCCAGCCUUCAGAAUGAGCCCUCUAGGCAAUCCUCGCACGAGGCUGCUUAUCCCAAAGUCCGGGCAUCUUCAGUUCAUGGAGAAAGGUCUGCUGGGUCUGCUCACUUUUCAAGUCCAGGAUCUGGCUUUGAAAGUGCCAAGAAGGAAAAUUCUGGUAAUUCGGUCCAGGGAAGCAGUGUCGACAGGAUGAUUGGGGACAUGUCUCUGCAGGAGUCAGACCAAUCGAUGGAAGCAAGUAAAAGUCCUGGAUUUCCAUACGAUGGUGACAUCAAGAAUCAUUCACCUGUGCAAGUGGGACAAAGAGGUUCAGCAACUCCAUCCAGAGUGACCCCAGGGACAGAUGCCCACAGCAGAAGCCGUCCACUUGGGAUGUCAUCUUCGCAUCAGGAUCUGGGAUCAACAACUCGGCCUUUAUUGAAUCGAUCCCCAAACAGAAAUGAUCCACUGAGUGAGAGCAGACAACCGAUUUGGGUUUCUAUUCCACACCAAGGUCAGGCCUCAACAAUUUGGCCUACGUUGGAUCUGUCGUCAGAUUCCUUCAAUGAUGCAGAAAGGGUGAGUGUAGCAAGAAAUCCAUGUGGCUCAUCCUCCCCGCAGCAGGGUCAGCAGUCAGCAUCUAGUCCUUCGGUAGAUGUGUCUGAUGGCAUUAAUCGUCAACCUAGGGCUACUGAUCGAAGACAACCUGAUCAGAGAGAUUACCAGAGAGAAGUGGCUGAGAUGCCUCUUCAGGGUUUCCAAAAUCACAUUAUCUGCGCUCCGACAGGCAUUGGGAAGACCCUGACAGCAGCAUACAUAUGCUACCAGUACUGGGCCUGGAUUGAGGACCAUGUUCCACACAAGCACUUCAAGGCUCUUUUCAUUAACAACAUGCGUCAUCUGACAGUGCAACAGAAGAAUGCAUUUCGGUGGUACUUCCCCAACAAGCAGGAUGUGCAGACCAUUGGAGAGCAGCAGUCAUUUGAAGAAGCUCUGAAGCUUGACGAUGCCAAGCCUGCAGUUCUGAUGUUGACAGCACAGAUCCUCCUCAAUGCCCUGAAGUCCAACAAAAUUGAUAUCAAAGAUUUGGACAUGCUCAUCUUUGAUGAGUGUCAUCAUACUGAUCUAAAACAUCCAUACAACGAGAUCAUGAAGACGUACCUGAAACAGAAGCAGAGGCUCCCGAGUCCGCAGGGAGUUGGAGUCUCUGGACCGCGCCUUCCUUUUAUUAUUGGUCUGAGUGCUUCUCUGGGUGUUGGGAGUGAGGCACUCAGUCAGCUCCUGACACUAUGUGGUAACAUGGAUUCUAAAGGGGUUGUAUGGAUUCUUAGGAAUACGACAGAGUUGACUCUACAUGGUAAUAGCCCGGAGGAGGAUGAAAUAGAAAGUGUCGCUACUAGAGCACCCAAUGAUAAGCAGUUUGCAGAUCUGCUGCAGGCUCUGAUGGCCCAAAUAGAGGAUCUGCUCCCAGACAUGGAAGAGCAUAUCUUGCCUCCCCGCGGCUGCCAGCUCUAUGAAGCUGAAGUUAUGAGACGUCUUACAGAUGCCCAGAAGUUGGGAAAUCGCACCACUGCCAUCGUAUGCACGUACCUGUACGAAUAUAAUCGUACCAUGAUGCUCUAUGAUGACCUUAGGGUCACUGAUGGCCUUGAUCAUUUGGAGAAGUUCCACGACCGUUCGAGAAGUUGGACUGCCCAUGAAAUGCAAGUCCCUGUCGAGCAGCACUGUCACAAGCUCUUUGAUUUAAACCUUGCAGAGAUGAAAAGACGUGGUCUAGCAGAGGACAAAAACAGCAAUGAGAAGCUAGGAAAACUUACAUUACUGCUAUACGGCAUCUUCAAAGAGAAACCGGAUUCAAAAGGAAUUGUUCUGCUGAGAAUGAAGGAAGCUACGACAGCCGUGGCCGACUUCAUCAAAGAGUCCACACUCCUGAGAGCACUACCUUGCAGAGUAGUCCCGCAGCGGUUAGUUGGACAGGGAGACAUAGAAGAUGGAUGUUUGACAGAAGCUCAACAGAAGGCAGUCGUUGAGAGUUUCAAACGAGAGGAUGGAUGCAAUGUUCUCGUAGCCACUGACAUUGCCCAAGAAGAGCUGGACAUGCCAGCCUGUAACUUUGUCAUCCGCUACAACUUUGUCAGCAAUGAGAUUGGCACGGUGCAGUCCAAGGGAAGAGCCAGGGCAAAGGGCAGCAAGUGCUUCCUGAUUGUUGAAAGUGGAUCACUGAAUGAAAAGAGAGAAUACCUCAACCGUAAUGAAGUUCAGAAGAUGAAGCAGGUCAUGGAAGAACUGGAGGCGAUGACUGAGAAUCAGCGACUCGACAGGAUCAAAGAGAGACAAAAUGAGAUAUUGAAGAAGAUACAGAUAACAGAGAAAGAGGCAGAACAUCAGCAGUACAUGAACAGCCUCCACAAAAUUACCAUACACUGCAAGAAGUGCUCUGCUCUCGUCUGCAAGGCGUCUGAGCUCAGACAAAGGGGUGAUGCUGGUCACGUGACCUGUACCAGUCCAGAGUUUAAGAAAUGGGUGAAGGAGGUUAGAUACAGCGGACCGCAGCGUAACCGAGACAGCGAGAUGGUUGGUCUUUUCACUGUCACAACCAGUUAGGCACCAUGCAGAAAUCCCUGACUCUGCACUCAACCCACGGAUACGACCUGAAUGCUCAGAGCAUCAAGGUCCAUCAUGAGAUGGGCGGUGUCACAACUCCCGAAGUGUGGAAGGAGGCAGGCUUUCAGGUUUUGCAAGGUUAAGGGUGAUGCUAUUUCAGAGCCGUGCCAAACCAAAUUAUUGCAGGAUAUAAGACAUAGUUUAGGUAUGUGAAAACUUGGGCCUAUAGGACCUAGUUAUAAAGGUGUUCAACUGCAAUAAGUUUACUUAAACAACUUGAAGUUAGAGAUGAAAAUCAUUUAAGAGAUAAGCUACAUAAAAUACAAUUUUUGCCCAAAAAAACAAGUGUAACUUAUAUUUUUUUGCUACUUAAAUUUUUAAUUGAUAGUUUAUCUGUCAAAUAGUUUUAAACUUUGCUGCAUCAUGACGGAUGUACAUUGCUUUUUACUUCUUUCUGAAUCGUUCUACGUUGAGCAUGGGUUUUAACUCUGAAUCAAAUGUUAUAUUUGGUGACUUUUUUUGUCUGUGACUUGAUGUCAGUGUUGUUUUAAUGUCCAUUACAGCAAAUUUACUUGCCUUUAAUUUCUUUUACCACUUUUUUCAUCCUAUGUGCAAUUUCUAUGCUUAAUAAAGCACAUGUAGGCCUAUAAAUGUUUUUUUUCAUAUUUACUCGGCCACUGAAAUCAUGGACCGACAAAUUUCGGAAUGCUUGUUUGCCAAAUAGAGCUUUAUUCUUCAUGAAAAAAAAUAUUAAGGUUUUAGUAUUUUAAACGAAAUUUUAAAAUGUUAGCAUGUUACGAUUGAUGUAAAUUGCAUUUGAAAGUGUGAAAUAUUCAUGUAUAAUCAUGCAGAACAAGUGUGAAGUUACCAGUGGAACAAGAUUUUGGGCGGGGUUUGCACAUACUCUACCGAUUUGAUCUCAUUCUAACAUUACAAAGCAUGUCCCUUCCACUUAUAACAGACGCAAACUGCAAAAGUGACACACAAUCUAGUGAAGCUACCUUGUUUAUCUAACAGUGAUAGCAUGAUAAAAGACGAGUUAUAAUAACUCAUAAUAGUACUAAUGCUCUGAGGGGGAAAAAACAACAAAAAGCAAGAUUUGUUAAUUAAGACGCAAGUUGCCAAACACUGAAAAUGAGCUAUCAACUUGCUGCAAAACUUUCAGUAGCCUAAUUAAUAAAAAUUAUGCUCAAAACGUACAGAGCAACUAACCACUUUGCUUUAAAUUGAAAAAAAAAUCCAUUGCUUUGUGUACUGUUAACUUAAGAUUCUUCAUAAUAAUGUAGGAUAGUGAAAUUUAAACUAAAAAUGUGGAGUGAUAGGGCUGUGCGGAACUUUUUUUGUUUUUCGUUUUUAAUUUGGUGAAACUUUUUGUACCGCAGUAUUUCUGUGUUAUGGUCGACUUCCAAGUGUACAUACAUAUUGUAAUUAGAUGUAAAUAUAACUGCUAAAUUCCAAAAUAUUUUUCAAAGUUCUAUGCAAAAAUGGUUUCGUGAACGUGAUUUUGGUCCAACCUUAUCCGUAACGACUAUGUUAUAUAAUAUUUUGUUUGCCCAUUUUCCUAGCAAAGAAUGGAAUAUUAUGUUCAUGUAGACUGCAUAUAUAUAUAUAUAUAUAUAUAUAUAUAUAUAUAUAUAUAUAUAUAUGCAAUAAAUUCAGAAUAUUCUCUUUCUGAACAGACUGUUUCGUACCAUAAGGCACUCAUCAGCAGAAUGACGAAAAAUAUAUAUAUAUUGUGUUUGCCCAACAGUAUAUUCCUAGCCAAGAAGGGAAUGUAGACCCUGUAUAUAUUACAUAAGUGUUAAUAUUUUGUGUUUGUCAAACAGUAUGUUCCUGGCAAAAAAAUGGAAUAUGUUCAUGAAUAUACAGCAUUAUAAUAUUUUGAGUUUGCGAGUCUUCCGGAGGUUUCUGGUUCAAAUCCCGCUCGAGUCAACAUCUUGUUCGACCUGAAGUUGCAACACUUAUACUUUAAAAUAUGUACUAUGAAUUAAUUGUACUUAUUUUGGAUAUUAAAUUGCGAAUAGAUUUUGAUUCAUACUUCAAA